AAUAAUAAGAGCCGACAUCCGGAGCUUAGAUUGCGUGAGAAUGAUUAUAUUAUUAGGUCCCCAAACCAAUUCAACUUUUGGUAUUCAUCAAAUCUUUCCCAUUUCAACUCCCCCAAAUAUACCCAAAUUACUCGAAAUCGACAGGCCACAGUAUAUUCAUAUCCAUAAUCGACAAAUUUAUUCACAAAUUCAGUAAAAAUCUAAGUAAAAUAAAUAACACCACCUGGUGGAUGAUCAUGGGGAUUGUUUUCUUGAUCAAAUCAAACUUUUUCUAAGUUAAAAUGGAUUGUCAAAGGCUGAUUCAUUUAUUCACACUCACUGUCUUUGUAAUCGUUACUGGUACUUGUUCUUCUGCAAAUGAGUAUAUUCGACCUAAACCUCGUCAACUUCUUUCAUUUCCAUGGCAUCAUCGCAGUUCCUCUGAACCCCAACAGGUGCAUAUCUCACUGGCAAAAGAGAAUCACAUGCGUAUCUCAUGGGUAACGGAUGAUUUAUCUGCUCCAUCUAUAGUUGAAUAUGGAACAUCAUCGGGCCAAUACACUGCAAUGGCUCAUGGAGACAGCAUCUCCUACUCAUGUUUUAUCUUAUAUCGCUCAGGAGGGAUACAUCACACUGUUAUUGGGCCACUUAACCCUGGCACCGAGUACUUUUAUCGGUGCGGAGGGGAAGGUCCAGAGUUUAAGCUUAGAACUCCUCCAGCUGAACUACCCAUUACCUUUUCUGUAGCUGGUGAUUUAGGUCAAACAGGUUGGACACAGUCAACUCUGGCCCAUAUAGAUCAAUGCAAGUAUGAUAUGCAUUUGCUUCCGGGAGAUCUUUCCUAUGCAAAUUAUUGGCAAAGUAAGUGGGAUACAUUUGGUGAACUAGUGCAACCACUCGCUAGUUCUAGGCCUUGGAUGGUUACAGAAGGAAACCAUGAAAAAGAAUUCUUGCUGAAAGGUGGAUUUCUGUCAUAUAAUGCACGAUGGAAAAUGCCUUUUGAGGAGAGCGGUUCAAGUUCAAAUCUUUAUUAUUCUUUCGAUGUUGCGGGGGUGCAUGUUGUCAUGCUUGGUUCGUAUACAGACCAUGAUGUAUACUCUGACCAGUACCAAUGGCUAAAGGCUGAUCUUGGUAAGGUAGACAGGAAGAGAACACCUUGGUUGCUAGCUUUGUUUCAUGUUCCUUGGUACAACAGCAACACGGCUCAUCAAGGCGAAGGGGAUGGGAUGAUGUUGGCUUUGGAACCAUUGCUCUACGCUGCUGGUGUGGACGUAGUGCUUGCUGGGCAUGUGCAUGCCUAUGAACGCUCGAAACGAGUUUUUAGAGGUAAAUCUGAUCCUUGCGGUACUGUACAUAUAACAAUCGGUGACGGAGGGAACUCUGAGGGUUUAGCUCAAAGGUAUAAAAAUCCGGCGCCAGAGUGGUCAGUGUUCCGUGAAGCGAGUUUCGGCCAUGGGGAACUCCAGAUAGUGAACUCAUCUCAUGCCUACUGGAGCUGGCAUAGGAAUGAUGAUGAUGAGCCAAUUAAAAGCGAUGAGGUCUGGAUAACCUCUUUAGCUAGUUCAGGAUGCCUUGCCGACAAGGCGCAUGAAUUCAGAAAUCUUCUAGUGCAACCGUAGGACUGUCGAAGAAUUUCAUCAACCGUAGGGUGCCUUGGUAUUUGAAUUGUUCUAGAGCGUGUUUUACAGGUUCUCUGUCAUUACAGCGAUUCGUGCUGGUUAUGGAUUUUGUAUCUUUCUUUCUGUUUCAAAAG